CUUCCGGUCAUGCGCACAGCGUAGUGCAGAGGAAUACCUUCAACUGGACGUGAGGCAUUGUUAUUUGAGAAUGGAAGAGGAUACAGAUUUUAGAAUCAGGUUUAGUUCUUUGUGUUUCAUUACAGAUCACGUUGGAUUUCAUGGCACCAUAAAAAGCUCACCAAGUGACUUUGUUGUUAUUGAGAUUGAUGAACAGGGACAGUUAGUUAAUAAAGCCAGUGAUGAACCUAUUUACAAGGUUAAUAAAAUACUACCUGGGCCAAAUAAUUUGGCUAAAAAAACAAACCUAGAUCCUCAAAAUUUAUCCUUUGAAGAGAGAAGCAAUCAAGAAGUCAGUACUUUGGCUGGGUGCUCUGGUGAUGACCAAAAUUAUGAGCCUGGUUCAGAAAAGGAAGAUACUAUCGAAGAUGGAACUUCCAAAGGUGAAGAAGAAAACAUUGAUGUAUUAGGAUCCUUGUUAGAUGAAAAAACUAAUGAAUUACUGAAUCAGUUUGCCUGUGAUGUAAAAGAGAAGUGGAAUUCUAAACCUGAACUAAUUGGACCAUCUCCUGAAUUCUCAUUAGGUAGAAUCCUUGACAAAAACCAGAGGGCUAUUUUGCAUAGUGCUAUUAGGCAGAAAUUUCCUUUUUUAAUAACUGUAGGAAAAAACAGUGAAAUUGUUGUAAAACCAAAUCUUGAGUAUAAAGAACUCUGUCACUUGGUAUCUGAAGAAGAAGCAUUUGACUUUUUUAAAUAUUUAGAUGCAAAGAAAGAAAAUUCCAAAUUUACCUUUAAACCUGAUAUAAACAAAGAUCACAGAAAGGCUGUCCACCAUUUUAUCAACAAAAAGUUUGGAAAUCUUGUGGAGACCAAAUCUUUUCCUGAACCGAAUUAUAAUGCUAAUAAUCCAAAUGUAGUGAUAACAGUAAGAUUUCGGGAAAAAGCACACAAGCACAGGAAAAGAUCUCUUCAUGAAUGCCAGGAAAGAAAAGUUAUAUACACAGCCUUUACCCUACGAAAAGAAAAUCUGGAAAUGUUUGAAGCAGUUGGUUUUUUAGCUAUCAAACUUGGAGUGAUUCCUUCGGAUUUUAGUUAUGCAGGACUUAAAGACAAGAAAGCCAUCACUUAUCAAGCAAUGGUUGUUAGAAAAGUGACACCAGAGAGGUUGAAAAAUAUUGAAAAAGAAAUUGAAAAGAAAAGAAUGAAUGUGUUUAAUAUUCGGUCUGUAGAUGAUUCCCUUAGACUCGGUCAGCUCAAAGGAAAUCACUUUGAUAUUGUCAUCAGAAAUUUAAAAAAUCAAAUAAAUGAUUCUGCAAACCUGAGAGAGAGAAUUUUGGAGGCAGUAGAAAAUGUUAAGAAUAAAGGGUUUGUGAAUUACUACGGACCACAGAGAUUUGGGAUGGGAAGGAAAGUUCACACAGACCAAAUUGGAUUGGCUUUGCUGAAGAGUGAAAUGGUGAAGGCUGUACAAUUAUUUCUUACACCAGAAGAAUUGGAUGAUCCUGUAAAUAGAGCAAAGAAAUAUUUUCUUCAGACUGAGGAUGCUAAAGGCACACUUUCACUGAUGCCUGAAUUCAAAGUUCGGGAGAGAGCAUUGUUGGAGUCCUUGCAUCGCUUUGGCGUGACAGAGGAGGGCUGUAUCCAGGCAUGGUUCUCUUUCCCCCAUUCCAUGCGCAUAUUCUAUGUUCAUGCAUAUAGCAGCAAAAUCUGGAAUAAGGCAGUAUCUUACAGACUUGCAACCUAUGGAUCAAGAGUGGUGGAGGGUGAUUUGGUCUGUUUGGAUGAAGAUAUUGAUGAUGAGCAUUUACCGAGUAGUAAAGUUCAUCUAGUAACUGAAGAAGAGGAAUCAGCUAAUACCUAUGCAAUACAUCAGGUGGUUCUUCCAGUGCUUGGAUACAAUAUUCAGUACCCAAAGAACAAACUAGGGAAGUGGUACCAGGAAGUACUCAGCAGAGAUGGACUACAGACAUGUAGAUUUAAAAUACCUACUCUGAAACUGAAUGUUCCAGGAUGCUAUAGAAAGAUUUUGAAACAUCCCUGUAAUCUCUCAUACCAACUAAUAGAAGACCAUGAUAUUGAUGUCAUGAAGGAAGAUUCCCACAUCGAUGAAGCAACUUUAUCUCUUUUGAUCUCUUUCGAUCUUGAUGCUUCGUGUUAUGCUACCGUUUGUCUGAGGGAAAUAAUGAAGCAUGACUUUUAAAACUGAUCCCCUUAAUAUAAUCGUGUAUGUGCCACUUUUUAAAGGAAAGGGAGCUAAAGUUUCUUGAGCAUCUACCAUGUGCUAGGAGCAUUAUAAUUGUUAUCUCCUUUAAUUACACAACAUCCUGAUGAAGUAGGAAUUUGAUACUAACAUUCCAGAGGACGUAUAGCUAGUAAGUGGCAGCAUCUGAGUUGAAGACUCCAAAGCCUUUGUUCUUUCUAUUAUCUAAUAUCUCGGUGACCUUUAGACUGUGCUAUAAAAGUUAGUCUUUCUGGACUGUUAGGAGCCUGUAAUACUACAGGAUGACAUUAAAAAAGAUAACAUUAAAGAAAAACAUUUUUGGAGUAAUGUUUAUAUCUUCAAGCUCCUUGCUUAGAAUGUAGAUGAAACUAGGUUGUAAUGAAAACAGGGUUGGAAAGAUAGAUGAAGCAUUUUGUUAAUUAUUGCCAUUCUCUCCUGUUUUUGAAAUUAUUGAUCAGAACAGUACAUCAGGAAAAUAUAAUCCCUCUAUUUAUGAUAGCUACCCUUUAUGAGGUAAAUAAUCUUUGAUGAAUAUUGAAAUAAAAUUUUUCCUACAGUUUCUUUAUCUUGACAUA